ACCUGUUCACCCUCCAAAAUGUAGCCUUGUUUGGCAUUGCUCAGCCUGUAUUCUGUAAGGCUUUUAUAACCGCACUGGCACUGGCCAUAGCAGACCCACUCGUCGGUAUUCAAGUUGCUGUUGCAGCACUCACGCCUUGCUAGCCAAAUCCCAUCUCAGAUAUCAGCACGCUGUUCUUCGAGUGAAUGAAAACGACAAUCCUACGCUCUUUCUCAACGGCCAACAUACGUUCCGUAUGGCCUCAAUUGCAACGUUGAAGCGCAUGAAUGCGCAGACCCUCAGCCAGAAAAUUCUCGAAGAGCAAGAAGCCCAAGAUCUUACGUUCGCUGUCGUUGACGUGCGUGACGAUGACUAUCUCGGCGGCCACAUCAAGUCUUCGUUGAACAUCCCAUCCCACACGCUCGAUGCGGCAAUGCCCACACUAGUGCGUCGCCUGGCGGACAAGAAGACCGUCGUGUUUCACUGCAUGCUCAGCCAGCAGCGUGGCCCUUCGGCUGCCCUGAAGUACUUGCGGGAGAGAGACGGGGUGCUCAAGACCCUUGGACUUAAGGCCGCUGAGGAUCAGGAGGUUUUCGUCCUCGACCUGGGGUUUUCUGGGUGGCAGGACGCGUUUGGCGAGGACGAGAGGUUGACGGAAGGGUACAGAAAGGAGCUCUGGGGCCAGGACUAAUGAUGAUCACUUUAGGCUGCUGUUGCUGCUGGUUGUGAAUGAAAGCGACACAAUGUCGGUUUUAGAGCCACUACGCAGGUACUCCAAAAUAUACAACGAGACCCCAUACAUCCUCGGCUCACACUGACGACAAGAAGCAGCGCUCGCAAGCUACACUGUCUGUGAUUUGCGAUUGCUGUUUCGUCGGCUGGAGAACAUCACUACCUGCACAACGUCGUCCCAAGCCAUUGAGUCUACUACCAGAGUCCAUCAAUAUGGCCACUUUGCAAAAGUACAGUAGGGCCAAGCGUAAAAGCCAGAGCCGUUCUCAGCGGCUAUGAAGAGCAAAAAUGAAGCUUAUCGGAUUUGAACCGAUGACCUUGUGGAAGUUCCGAG